GGGUAGCUACUCUUCAUUUCAGGUUUAAAGAGAGGCAGUUACAAAAAAAAAAGAAGAUGAAAAAGGAAGAGCUGCUCCGUUUCACACACAUGGAGGGCAUACAUACGAAGGCUAUAAUACAAGUGUGUAGUUUGUCCCACAUCGGUGGAAAUAAAGCCGGGCAAGGUGCUAGAGUGAUAUAAAAUGGAAGGAGGGAGCAACGUUGAAACAUACUUACCUGGACGGGGUCAAUGGGUGAUCAUGAAGGCCCAUGGCCUAGGUUGGUGACCUCCAUUGCACUUUGGAGGGGCGCCCGCCUAAGGUCGGCCCAAGUGGCCGAGCCUACGUCAUAAUUUGUGGCAGCGGGGGCCUGCGUUCGCGCGGCCCCUACCCAAUUCUUAGUUAUAAGUUUUUAGGUAGGCUUGUUCUUAUAUGUUGUGAGGCCUAUCAUCUCUGUAUCUCUUUUCCAAUUUGUUAAAGCUGUAGUUAAUUGAAUUUUACUAAGUUGUGUGCGGUAAAGAGAAUUUAUGUUUGUCCUUUCAUAUAUUAUUAUAAAUAGUCUGUUCCUUAUUAUGCAGUCAAUAAUUUUUUUGAAUCUGUAUAAAACGAGUUUGAGAUUUCUAGAAAGAUGUCAAUUUUUUUGGACAGGAAAGGGUAGGAUAUUUUUGUCUAGUAAUUGGUUUGGUUACCUAAAAGAUGUUUUAGCUUUAAAAACUCUUAAUUUUCAUGCUAUUAUCCAUAAUUAAUUUUGUUAAUAAAUUAUUUUGGCAAAUCCAUUUAUAUAUAUAUGAUAAAUCAAUUUUUUAGAAAGCAUGUCCUCUUCGGUGUGUCAUGAUUGAUUUACUUAUAAAAUCCCAACAUUUCUUUGGUUUAACUUCAUCACAUUUUUGUUUCAAAUUUCAUUAAUUUACCACUCGCCAUUUUGAUGGUUAAGACUCGAGACAUAAAGUCUCCCGCCCCUACUUGGCCCUCUUAUUUCUUUGGCCAAUAUCUUUAUGUUUGCAUAAUUUUAUCUUCUAAUUUUUGUUGCAAAAGCUUUUGGAAUCCCGUUUCACUUUUGAGAUUUUUACAAAACUAUGUUCAAAUUGAAUUUCUUAAAACAUAUUUGGGGUAAAUAAGAAAUUUUAGACUCAAGUAGACAAGCAACAAAAAUAUAGGCCUAGCAUUCAGUAUGAGAAGUAUUAUGAGGUCUCUCUUAUCAAACUCAAGAGAAAACUUGAAAGAUAAUGUACACAAGAUCGUCUCCAUUUUGAAAGACUUCACAGAAAAGAGAUUAAUAGUCCAAGGGACCAUUUUUCAUGGGCAUUUGAUUAAAAAUGGCAUCAUUUCAUCUCAGAAACACAUUGCCGUUAAGUUGCUUAUUAUGUACCUUAAAUCCGGAAAACCAAAUGAAAUUAAUCAGAUGCUUAAGGAGUUUGAUGGGUUUAACUUAGUUGUGCAUAAUUGUCUAAUUACUGCAAAUCUUGAGUGGGGAAAGCUGGAUGAAGCUCGUCAAUUGUUUGAUGAAAUGCCUGAAAGAAAUGACGUUUCUUGGACUGCUAUAAUUUCGGGGUUGUUGAGGUUUGGAAGAGUUGAAGAAGCGAUUUCGUACUUUGAGAGGAACCCAAUUCAAAGUUUGUUUUCGUGGACAGCAGUUAUCAGUGGACUUGUUCAAAAUGGGCUAAGUUUCAAAGCAAUGAAGCUGUUUGUAGAGAUGCAUCAAUCUGGAGUAUUACCCAAUAAUGUCACUUUUACUUCUGUUAUUAGAGCUUGUGGAGAGUUGGGUGAUUUUAAUUUAGGAAUGUGUGUAUUGGGUUUGAUUGUUAAGGUUGGAUUUGAACAUGACUUGUCGGUUUCGAAUUCUUUGAUCACGUUUAACUUGAGAUUAAACGAUACUGUUUCAGCUAGGACAAUUUUUGAUAGGAUGCAGAGUAGGGAUGUCGUUUCUUGGACAGCGAUACUAGAUAUGUAUGUUCAGAUGGGAGAAUUGGCAGAAGCUCGUCGUGUCUUCGAUGAGAUGCCAGAAAGAAAUGAAGUUUCUUGGAGUACGAUGAUCUCGAGGUAUAGUCAGAGUGGUGACGCAGAAGAGGCAGUGAAUCUUUUCAUUCGCAUGGUCCAACAAGGGUUUAAACCAAAUAAGUCAUGUUUUGCUAGCUUAAUAAGUGCAUUGGCCAGCCUGGAAGAUUCCGUAAUGGGACGGGUUGUUCAUGGACAUAUAUUAAAAACCGGGAUGGAAAAAGAUGCCUUUAUUGGUAGCUCACUUGUUGACCUGUACUGCAAAUGUGGAAGCACUAAGGAUGGACGUGUAGCAUUCAACUCAAUCUUGGAAAAGAAUGUUGUUUGUUGGAAUUCCAUGGUCAGUGGCUAUAGUCUCAAUAACCAGCUCGAAGAAGCUAAGGAGCUAUUUGGAAAGAUACCCCAAAAAGAUAUCGUCUCAUGGAAUUCGCUAAUAACAGGUUAUUUGGAGUAUGAAAAUUUUGAUGAGGUUUUUGAAGUUUUUAGUGACAUGCUUCUGUCUGGAGAACGACCAAGUAAAUCUACUUUUUCCAGUGUUUUAUGUGCUUGUGCGAACUUAGCUUCACAGGAGAGGGGGAUGAACUUGCAUGGUAAGGCUAUUAAACUUGGUUUUCAUUCUGACAUUUUUGUCGAAACUGCCCUUGUUGAUAUGUAUGCCAAAUCCGGUGAUGUUGAAAGCGCUAAGAAAAUCUUCAAAAGGAUGCCCAAACGCAACGAGAUUUCCUGGACAGCUAUGAUUCAAGGGCUUGCAGAAAACGGCUUUGGAGAGGAAGCACUUGCUGUAUUUGAAGAAUUUGAACGGACCAAGUCCAUUGCACCUAACGAGCUGCUUAUAUUAGCCGUUUUAUUUGCUUGUUCCCACUGUGGCCUAGUUGAUAAAGGACUCUAUUACUUCAAUUCAAUGGAAAAGGUCUAUAAUAUACAGCCGAAUGAUAGGCACUAUACAUGUGUAGUGGACAUGCUGUCUCGUUCAGGACGUCUUUCUGAAGCAGAAAAGUUCAUCUUGGACAUGCCUUGUGAACCAGAAGUUCAAGCCUGGGCAGCUCUAUUAAGUGGUUGCAAAACAUACAAAAAUGAGAGAAUGGCAGAAAGGGUGGCGGAAAAGAUAUCAGAGCUGGCUGAAAAGCAUCCCGAAGGAUAUGUGUUGCUAUCAAAUGUUUAUGCUUCAGCUGGCAGAUGGUUGGAUGUCUUACACACGAGAAAACAGAUGAAGGAAAGAGGAUUGAAGAAAAGCGGGGGAUGUAGUUUGAUAGAAGUGAGGAAUCAAUCCCAUUUCUUUUAUUCCCAGGAUGGUUCUCACAAUGAGUCCAAAGAAAUUUACGGAGUUUUGGAACUAAUGAGGUCAGAAAUGCUGCCCGGAAAGCUCUCUUCAUUAAUUUCAAUCCCUUCACAUAGUGGUCGAAGGUGUUUUCUUCUACUGCCAGAAAGGCUGGAACAGCGAUUGCUUGUAAAUGCCUAUAGGAAGUGGCAAAUUUUGGAUAUUAGCCUGUUGAAGUUCUCUAGAGAAGAUAGUGCUAGUAUAAGACAUCUGAUAUCUGAUACAGUGAUAAUCAUGGAUGGAUUUGCGCUUAAGUCUGUGUUGGACUUGCCUCCAGUUUUCCGUUCAACUUUCAGUUUCAGAUAUUUUAACUCGCUGCAGAGCGAAUGCUUUCCUGCUUGUUUCCUGUCGGAUGUGAACAUGGUAAUCUCAGCACCAACAGGAAGUGGGAAAACAGUGCUUUUUGAACUAUGCAUUUUGAGGCUUCUCUCAAGGUUUAUCUCAAGAGAGGGGAAAUUUAUUCACGUAAAGGGGUCUCUGAAGACUAUAUAUGUUGCACCCUCAAAAGCAUUGGUACAAGAGAAGCUUCGUAAUUGGAACCAGAAGCUUGGUUCAUGGGGGAUAAAUUGCUUAGAACUGACAGGGGACAAUGAGUACUACAAAAUCACGGAUAUACAGGACACUGAUGUAAUUCUUACCACUCCUGAGAAGUUUGAUGCUGUGACUCGUUAUCGCAUAAAAGAUGGAGGCCUGAGCUUUUUUGGUGAUAUUGCAUUGGUGCUAAUUGAUGAAGUCCAUUUGUUGAAUGAUCCUCGUGGAGCAGCUUUGGAGGCAAUUGUCAGUAGAAUUAAAAUGCUUUCUCGCAAACCUGAACUGAAAUCAAGUGCUCUAGCUAAUGUCCGUUUUUUAGCGGUUUCUGCAACCAUUCCCAACAUCGAUGACCUUGCAGAAUGGCUCAUGGUCCCCAGGCAAGGAGUGAAAAGGUUUGGGGAAGAAAUGAGACCCGUGAAGUUGACUACCAAAGUUUUUGGAUACACUCCGGCGAAGAAUGACUUUCUAUUUGAAAAGCGCCUACAGAACUAUGUCUUUGAUAUUCUCAUGCAACAUUCUAGAGGAAAAUCAGCUCUAGUUUUUUGCUCAACCAGAAAAGGAGCACAAGAGGCAGCACAACAGCUCUCUCAGACAGCAAUGACCUUUGGUCAUUCAAAUCCUUUCAUCAAAAGCAGAGAACAACAGGAACGGUUGAGGGAAGCUUCACUAUCAUGUAGUGACAAACAAAUGCAGUCUUAUAUCCCUUUUGGCGUUGGUUAUCACAAUGGUGGUCUUUCCAUGAAUGACCGCAACCUCAUUGAAGGCCUCUUUCUGAAUGGUGAUAUUCAAGUGCUGUGCACUACAAAUACUCUUGCCCAUGGAAUUAAUCUACCAGCACAUACUGUUGUGAUUAAAUCAACUCAGUACUUCAAUAAGGAAAAAGGGAUUUACAUGGAAUAUGAUAGAUCAACCGUCCUGCAGAUGUCAGGAAGAGCAGGUCGACCACCGUUUGAUGACACGGGAAUGGUCGUAAUCAUGACCAGAAAAGAAACUGUUCACUUGUACGAGAAUUUAUUAAGUGGAUGCGAAUUGGUGGAAUCACAAUUGCUUCCAUGUGUUACAGAGCACCUAACAGCAGAGAUUGUUCAACUGACCGUGUCAGAUAUAACAGGAGCAAUUGAAUGGAUGAAAUGCUCAUAUUUGUAUGUAAGAAUAAAAAAGAAUCCAGAGAAAUAUGCUGUAAAGAAAGGGCUAACUGGUGACCGUUUAGAGCGGCAUAUGCAAGAUAUUUGUGUUCAGAAUGUAAAUGAGUUGUCAAGGUAUCAAUUGAUUUGGACAGAUGAAGAUGGUUUCCUCUUAAAGCCUCUCGAACCUGGAAAAUUGAUGACGAAAUAUUAUCUGAAAUUCGACACAAUGAAGCACAUCAUGCAAGCCCCUGGAAACUGUAGCAUAGAGGAUGCACUUCAAAUUAUUUGCCGUGCUGAGGAACUUGCCUGGAUACAACUGAGGCGCAAUGAGAAGAAGCUCCUGAAUGACAUAAACAUUGAUAAAGACAAUCGGCUACGCUUCCACAUCCUUGGGGACAAAGGGAAAAGAAAAAAGCGUGUCCAAACCAGAGAAGAGAAAAUAUUUGUUUUGGCAAAUGACUGCCUAACGGGGGACCCUUUAGUCCAUGAUUUAUCCCUUAACCAGGACAUGAACUCUAUCUGUGCAAAUGGCUAUAGAAUUGCGAAGUGCAUGAAAGAGUAUUUCUUAUACAGGAAGAACUAUCGAGGAGCUUUGAGUUCAGCACUUCUAACCAAAUCUUUGUAUCAAAAGGUCUGGGAUGACAGUCCAUACGUGCUGAAACAAUUACCUGGUAUUGGAAUGGUGACAGCAAAGGCACUGCAUUCAAUGGGAGUAAAAUCAUUUGCCUCGCUCUCUGAGGCAGAUCCAAGGAAAAUAGAGAUGGUCACUGGCAGAAAAUAUCCUUUCGGGAAUCAUAUAAAGGAGUCAUUACUAUCAUUACCCCCAGAAGUUGAGAUGAGGUUUGAGGAAAUUGAGAGGCAAAGGCAAGGGAAGUCCAAGGUUAUGGUAACACUGACUAGGCUGUCACAACCUGUGCAAACAACUAAACGACAUUAUGCUGAUAUGGUGGUUGGCGUCGAAGAGGAUAAUCUGGUUCUGUUUCAUGAGAAAGUAAGGGUGGAUGACUUUCCUAGCCCUUAUAGCAAGACAGUUAUGGUGCCAAGUCCUCAGCAAGGGAAAAUGACUGUCAAAGCAGAUCUGAUAUUUAAUGAAUUUAUUGGUGUUGAUCUCCAUCAAAAGAUUGUAUUGAUAAAGGAGAUGGACCAUAAUUUUGUGAUGAAGUACAGAACCAAGCAGCCCUCUUCCUUCCAGAACAAUGAUGUCUGCAUCAUAGAGGACACAGAGGAUGCAGCUCAAGCUUCAUGCCAAGUGUCUCACAGUUUAACUGAAGCUGAUAGGAGCUCAGACAUGCCCAGUUUCAAGCUAAUAGAUGACGAUCUAGACGAAGCGAUACCUGCUGCUGCGAUUGAAGAUGAUGAAUGCAGAAUCAUAAAUGAAAAGACUAUAUUUGACCAUAUACGUGAAAAGGCUAAAAACCUCCCUGCUUUGACCUCACUGAGAGGUACAUUCUCGCCAUCAUUAGAGACUUUGAAUCUCAUCAGAAAGCGCACUCGCGAGAAGCAGUGUCUUGUUGAGAAUGAGGUAGGAGUAUAUGAAGAAGUGAGAAGAACCAAAGUUCCAUGUCACAGCAUGGACAUUCAAUCUGCAGAAUAUAUCGAUCUAGAAGAUAAUAGACCACUUUCUAACAAAGAUGAGAGACCAUAUAGCCAUCACGUCUCUAAUGCCAUUUACCUGGCUAGUGACACAGGUAAGUUUUCCUUUGAAACUGGGAGUGUUCCAUCUGAAACAAUGGCUGAGGAAAUGAUAUUCGAGUAUAAGCCUAUGGAUUCUAAGAUCUUCCACAGCUUUGAGAAUGUGAAGAACACAGAACCCAAGUUACUCAGUAUGUCCAAUGAAACCUUCAUAAUUCACCAACCUCAGCAUAAUUCUGCCAUCUUUGGCUUUCAAGAGACAACUCCAACAAAAGUUUCAGAAAAUGCAGCAGUUACUAUGGAACUUGAGCCUGUGAAGACAAAAGGAAAUGCAAUUAAACAAAUUAAAGAGGUUGAGGGUCUAACUCUUCAUGGAUACACACCAGGUGCAGGUGAAAAAACUGAUCUUUCUUUGGAGACCUCAAGAAAAGUUGCCGAGGAAGGAUCAAGAUUGUUGUCACCUGCAGAUGCUUACUUUAUAACGAAUAAAGUUGGAUAUCCACUACGUUCUCCAAGUUUCCAGGAACAACAGUGCACUUCUUCAGUACAAGUGGGAGAAAUCAACCAAGCAAAUUCCUUUCUUGGGUUUAAAAGUAUUUUUACGUUUCUGUUUGAGUGAGCAUGUUUGAUUUAGUAUGUUGAAUCAAAUUACUUGCUCUGUCAGCUAUAUUGAGAACGAUAAUGAGAUAUUACUCUAGGAGGUAGAAGUAAAAAAUUAGCUGAGAAAAUUUGUUUGGUCUCCUUUGCUUAGUUAACUAAUCUCCACAGUAAUGUUCUGUCAGAAGAAUCUGUAUUUUCAUGCGAUUUAUGAUGUAUAUGAAUUUUUACAAUAUCCAUGUAUUUUAACUUGUUAUACCAAGUGACCAUACUUAUUUUCAAGGUUACUGUUCCCACUUUCUAUUAGCAAAGGGAAAAGAAAAUCCCACUUUUAUGGACU